CAUGACCUGCUGUGAAGGAUGUACCUCCUGCAAUGGAUUCAGCCUGUUGGUUCUCCUUCUGUCAGGAGUAGUUCUCAAUGCAAUCCCUCUCAUUGUCAACAGAGUCGAGGAAGGCAAAUUUUUUCAAAACCCCAUCUCUUGCUUUGAGUGGUGGUACCCAGGAAUCAUAGGAGCAGGUCUAAUGGCUAUUCCAGCAACAACAAUGUCUUUGGCAGCAAGGAAAAGAGCCUGCUGCAACAACAGAGGCGGGAUGUUUCUUUCAUCAUUUUUUAAUGUAAUCACAAUCAUUGGUGCAGUGUACUGCAUGCUGGUAUCCCUGAGUGCUCUCUUGGAAGGUCCUCUCAUCUGUAAUUCUCCAAGCAACAGUACCUGCAAAUUCUCGUUUGAAAAUUUAAGGAUUGAUCCCCAAUCCUUGAAUCUACAGUGGUUCUCCAAUGGAUCUUGCGUAGCUCCUAACAGUUUGAAUUCUCCCAUCAAGAAUGACACCAUGACCAGUGAUUUGCACGUCAGUCCUAAAGAAAAGAGGCACAGGACUAUCUUUUUCUCAGCAUUUGUAGGCUUACUGCUCGUGGGGUUCCUUGAGCUCCUGUUUGCACUCAGUCAGAUUGUCAUCGGUUUCCUCGGCUGUCUGUGUGGAGUCUCCAAGCGAAGAAGUCGAAUUGUGUAACAAAAUACAAAUACAAGCAGUUUGAAUCACCUGAGAAUUACAUUUAAGAUACCCUUUUAGAAGUUAGAAGUUCAAUAACGAAAUAUUAGCUAGACAGCUGCAUUAAUCCUCUAGUCCAAAAGAUUUUUUUAAAGGUGACUAAAAAAAAAAUCAGCCUUUUACAUUUAAUGUUGUUAAAUGCAAACCACUUUCAUA